GCCUUAUGCCCAGAGAGAAACUUCUCGAGGAACCCUGCGCCUUGACCCGCCUAAGGGCGAGGGGCGUGGCGGUGCCGUUCCCGCCUCGGGAUGAGGGGCGUGACGGUCUUGUUUCCACCUGGUAGGAGGCAAGGAGCUACUGGGCGACGACUUUGUGACGUCACUUCCGCGCGCCGCCGUAAACGUCAGUGUUUGGCGCGGGUCCGGGUGGUGCUGUUUUGUCCUGAAAAGCUCUGUCUCGGCUGUGCCAUGCGAGCUAUGGAGAGUGACUUUUAUUUGCGUUACUACGUGGGUCACAAAGGCAAGUUCGGUCACGAGUUCCUGGAGUUCGAGUUCCGACCCGAUGGGAAAUUGAGAUACGCCAACAACAGCAAUUACAAAAAUGAUGUUAUGAUCAGAAAAGAGGCCUAUGUACAUAAAAGUGUGAUGGAGGAACUGAAGAGAAUAAUUGAUGACAGUGAAAUCACCAAAGAGGAUGAUGCUUUGUGGCCUCCUCCUGACCGAGUAGGCCGGCAGGAGCUUGAAAUUGUCAUUGGAGAUGAACACAUUUCUUUCACAACAUCAAAAAUUGGUUCUCUUAUUGACGUCAAUCAGUCCAAGGACCCAGAAGGCUUAAGAGUAUUUUAUUAUCUUGUCCAGGACCUGAAGUGCUUGGUCUUCAGUCUUAUUGGAUUACACUUCAAGAUCAAACCAAUUUAGAUUGAAUAUUGAUGUGGACGUGCUGGGGUAGGAAUAGUUGUUUUAAUUACCAUUAUCAGGAAAUUUUUGUGUAUAUCAAGGCAAUAUUUUUUUAUAAACUAUGAUUGUCUUUAAUAAAUGUAAAAUCCAAUUUUUGUUAUUUAAUAAAAGAUCUGCAUGUGUGAA